GUGGUUAAGUGACAAUUCGGACACGAAUACCGUCCGGUUUCCUCGUCUGGUGUGUGUGUGUGUGUGUAUGUGUGUGUGUAUGUGUUGUGGAGGCUAUAUACAAGUCGCAGCACCUUCCCUGUCAAUGCCAAAUGUUUGCUGGCCUUGGUGAAUAUCAUGUUCCCGAGCUAUCCAGUCUCCCUACUUAAAAGUGUGCAAGUUAAUAAUCCGUCCUUCCAACAACAUUUACCUUAUGCCAUCUCACAGCAGCAACGGAUUGAAACGCACCUGAAUUUAACAAACGCAAGCCUGCGACAGCAACCUUUAAAUGUAUUCCCUAUCAUCCCACAAUAUCAAUGGAAGGCUGCUCCAGACAUUCCUUUCACCAGUCCAAAAGGAUCCAGGAAGAGAAAAAAUGAUAGCAGCAGCCAGUAUGAUGGAAAGAGGCAAUGCUAUGGUUCCCCACGACCAAAUGGACAACUGGUCAAAACUGGCAGCUACAGCCCAGGGCAUCAGGCAGCGCAAGGGCAGAUCAGAGGCUCUGUGAGUGAAACUUGCUCUCUUGUUCACUCUCCUAUGUGCCCUAUUGUCACCUCUACACAAACUGGAUGUGUUCCAUCUCUCGGAGAGAAAUCCUGCCUAGAUGCCGUCUUGAGUUUACCACCACACAUCAUCCAAGAUAAGCUAAGUCAGCAGAUUUUGGAAUUGUUUCACACUUGUGAGCAGCGGCGUGAAGACCUUGAGAGGAAGGAGUUCUCUCGUGCACAGUUACAGAGGGAUAUUCAGAGUAUCUUUCCAUGUGCGCGGGUGUACCUGGCAGGUUCAUCCCUGAACGGUUUUGGGAGUCGCACUAGUGAUGCUGAUUUAUGUCUUGUAAUUAAAGAGGGUCCCAUUAACCAGAAAACAGAUGCUGUGUACAUCCUUAGUCUAGUGCGGACGUUGUUAUACAAAUUGUCUUACAUUGAGAGACCUCAGCUUAUCCGAGCAAAAGUGCCCAUACUGAAGUUCAGGGAUCGAGUUAGGGAUGUGGAGUUUGAUUUGAAUGUUAACAACACUGUAGGAAUUAGGAAUACAUUCCUGCUGCGGACCUACGCGUACAUUGAGAACCGUGUUCGUCCUCUCAUCCUUGUGAUUAAAAAGUGGGCCAGUCAUCACAGAAUUAAUGAUGCCAGUCGAGGAACCCUGAGCAGCUACACACUGGUCCUGAUGGUCCUACAUUACCUCCAAACUCUUACAGAACCUGUGAUUCCUUGCCUUCAGAAAGAUUAUCCAGAGUGUUUCAGCCCAGUAAUGGACAUUCAUCUUGUGCCAGAUGGACCCAAGCACAUUCCUCCCUACAUGUCAAAGAACCAGUCCUCUUUAGGAGACUUGUUCCUUGGCUUUCUGAAAUACUAUGCCACAGUUUUCAAAUGGGGCAAGAACCUCAUCUCUAUUCGUGAGGCAAAAGCCCUCCCCAAGCCAAACUCAUGGGAAUGGAAAGACAAAUUCAUCUGUGUGGAGGAACCAUUUGAUGGGACAAACACUGCCAGAGCAGUUCAUGAAAAAAUGAAGUUUGAUGCCAUAAAAGCAGAGUUUAAAGAGUCCUGGCAGGAGCUGCUGGCGAAGAAAGAUCUUAACCACAUCUUACCCAUCAGAGAGACUAAACCGAAAAGGGUGAAGCCAAGAUGAAGCUACCUUCAGAAGACCUUUUGAUAAGAACGCUGAUACCUCUUCAUGAUCACUUUGUACUGUAGCAAACAUUUUUGGAAACAAUACUGCACCUUUGGAAACUGAAUUCUUCAAAUCUGGAAAGGUUAAAUUCUUUCCUGUUCGAGUUUUAGAUAUUCUGUUACAGUAUCUUACUUGCCUUGAAUGUGUAAUGUCUCUUUAAACUGUUCUGUAUUUCUUUUUCUUCUCAAUGAAAAUUACGUUGCAUCAGAUCCAGAUGUUGUGGUGCCUGGUUACUAACAUAAGUUAAAACUGAAAACAAGGAAACAAGUCACAUUGAAUUCAGCUCCAAAAUCUGAAGUGCUGGCUUUUCUUUUAUCUUAUCACUUCUUAUACAUUUUGUAAAUCUUUUUUAAUGUCUAUUUAAUAAUUAAAACUUAAUUAUACCUAAAA